AUGGCCUCCUCAGGCAUGCUCACAAAAUUCGAGAGCAAGAGCUCGCGCGCCAAGGGAAUCGCCUUUCAUCCCAAGCGACCAUGGAUUCUUGUCUCUCUACACUCCUCGACCAUUCAACUAUGGGACUACCGUAUGGGAACCUUGAUCGAUCGACUCGAAGGUCAUAGCGGCCCCGUCCGAGGCGUCGACUUCCACAAGACCCAACCCCUCUUCGUCUCCGGUGGCGACGACUACAAGAUCAAGGUCUGGUCUCUGACAACGAGGCGCGAGCUGUUCACGCUCAAUGGGCAUCUGGACUACGUUCGGACUGUCUUUUUCCACCACGAAUUGCCAUGGAUCAUCUCCUCGUCCGACGACCAGACCAUCAGGAUAUGGAACUGGCAGAACCGAUCGCUGAUCUGCACCAUGACCGGUCAUAAUCACUAUGUCAUGUGCGCCAACUUCCACCCUACUCAGGACCUGGUCGUCUCCGCAUCGCUAGAUCAGUCUGUUCGUGUUUGGGAUAUCUCGGGCCUUCGCAAGAAGCACUCCGCCCCAACAUCGAUGACUUUCGAGGAGCAAGUGGCGAGGGGCAACCAGAACCAGGCCGACAUGUUCGGUAAUACAGAUGCUGUCGUCAAAUUUGUUCUGGAGGGCCACGACAGGGGCGUGAACUGGGUCGCGUUCCAUCCCACCAUGCCCCUGAUCGUAUCGGCUGGCGACGAUAGGCUGGUCAAGCUGUGGCGCAUGAGCGAGACCAAGGCGUGGGAGGUCGACACGUGCCGAGGGCACUUCCAGAACGCAUCGGGCUGUUUGUUCCACCCCCACCAAGACCUCAUCCUCUCGGCCGGCGAAGAUAAGACCAUCCGGGUCUGGGAUCUGAACAAGAGGACCAGCGUGCAGAGCUUCAAGCGCGAGAAUGACCGUUUCUGGGUCAUCGCCGCGCACCCCGAGAUUAAUUUGUUCGCAGCCGGGCACGACAACGGAGUGAUGGUUUUCAAGUUGGAGCGCGAGCGGCCCGCGAUGGCUGUUCACCAGAAUACUCUGUUCUACAUCACCAAGGAGAAGCAUGUCAAGUCUUACGACUUUCAGAAGGGGACGGAGAGCCCAACGCUUUUGUCCCUUAAGAAGGUCGGACCAGCAUGGGUCCCUCCUCGGACUCUUUCCUACAACCCCGCCGAACGCUCUGUCUUGGUGACUUCCUCUACGGAUGGGGGCUCUUACGAGCUGAUCAACCUUCCCCGUGAUGGUUCCGGUGCCAUAGAACCAACAGAGUCCAAGCGUGGCCAGGGCAAUUCUGCCAUUUUCGUUGCUCGCAAUCGGUUUGCUGUCCUGAACACCGCUUCCCAAACCAUCGACAUCAAAGACCUUUCCAACUCGACAACUCGGUCCUUCAAGCCGCCCGUUGGUACCACGGAUAUCUACUUCGGUGGCACUGGCAACCUGCUCAUCAUCACACCGACCGCCGUCCAUCUUUAUGACAUUCAGCAGAAGAAGAGCAUUGCAGAGCUUUCGGUUAAUGGUGUGAAGUACGUGGUCUGGUCGAACGACGGUCUCUAUGCGGCCCUCCUGAGCAAGCACAAUGUCACGAUUGUGACCAAGGCACUGGAGCAGGUCAGCACCCUACACGAGACGAUCAGGAUCAAAAGUGCCACCUGGGAUGACGCUGGUGUGCUUCUCUACUCCACUCUCAACCACAUCAAGUAUACCCUGCUCAAUGGUGACAACGGCAUUGUUCGCACAUUGGAUACGACUGUGUAUCUUACGCGUGUCAAGGGCCGCAACGUUUACUGCCUUGAUCGGGCGGCGAAGCCUAAGGUUCUGCACAUCGAUCCCACCGAGUACCGUUUCAAGCUUUCGCUAGUCAAGAAGAACUACAGCGAAAUGCUUGACAUUAUCCGGAAUUCGAGCCUGGUGGGACAAUCUGUCAUCUCCUAUGUGCAGAAGAAGGGCUAUCCUGAGAUCGCACUGCAAUUCGUCCAGGACCCAACAACCCGUUUCGAGCUCGCCCUCGAGUGUGGUAACCUGGACGUUGCAGUAGAGAUGGCCAAGGAGUUGGACAAACAGGUUCUGUGGUUGAAGCUUGGCACUGAGGCUCUGUCCCACGGAAACCACCAGGUUGUGGAGAUGGCCUACCAGAAGCUGAAGCAGUUCGACAAGCUGUCCUUCCUCUACCUCACGACUGGUGACCAGUCCAAGCUUGCGAGGAUGGCCAAGAUCGCUGAGCACAGAGGAGACUUCACCGCACAAUUUCAGAAUGACCUUUAUCUCGGCGAGAAAGAUCGGGUCCAGAUGUUCAAGGAGGUUGACCUGUACCCGCUGGCCUACAUGACCGCCAAAUCAUACGGCCUGGAGGACGAGUGCCAAGCCAUUCUGGAGGCUACAGGCCUGACAGAAGAUCAGAUCACGAUGCCCAAGAUUGGCAAUGCUCUGACCCCUCCAAAACCCGUUGUGCCGACCUACAAGGCAAAUUGGCCUACGAAGGCCACCUCGCAGUCAUUCUUCGAGAAGGCCCUCAUGGGUGAGAUGGAAGGUCUCUCUCUCGACGACACACCGGCGGCCACCAAUGGCUUCGGUGAGGACGUCGAGGAUGACGUCGCUGUCAAGAAUGGCGUGCUAGCUGAAGACGAUGAGGACGAGGACGCUGCAGGAUGGGAUAUGGGCGAUGACAUCGUGCCAGAAGUCGAGGGCGACUUUGUCAACGUCGAGAGUGCGGAUGCCGGCGGCGCUGGCAGCAGCGAGGCCGAUCUGUGGGCCCGGAAUUCGCCCCUUGCGGUUGAUCACGUCGCAGGAGGAUCGUUCGAGAGCGCCAUGAACCUUCUCAGCAGACAAGUUGGUGCUGUCAACUUCUCGCCACUCAAGCCAAGAUUCUUGGAAGUGUACGAGGCGUCCAAGACCUACCUGCCUGCAUCUGCAGGACUCCCACCCCUUAUCAACUAUGUGCGUCGGACCGUUGAGGAGCAGGAUCUGAGACAGGUGCUGCCGUUCAUCCCUCGGGACCUCGAGCAUCUGGCCAGCAACGACCUACAACGGGGUUACGACUCGAUGAAAGCCAACAAGCUGGAAGAUGGCCUCACAAUCUUCAAGAGCAUCCUGCACGCGAUCCUAGUCAACGCGGUAGCAAGCGAGGGCGAGGUCACAGAGGCCAAGAAGCUCAUCACCUCUGCUAGCGAGUACUCUGUCGCCAUGAGCGUCGAGCUCGCACGCAGGAAACUCGGUGCCCCCAACGAGGUCAAUGCCGAUCCCGAGAAGCUGAAGCGCUCUCUCGAGCUGUCGGCAUACUUCACCAUCCCCAAGAUCGAGGUACCCCACCGGCAGUUGGCCUUACUCAACGCCAUGAACCUAGCGUUCAGGAGCAAGAACUACAGCUCGGCAUUGAGCUUUGCUAAUCGCAUCUUGGCGAAUGGUGGUGCUAACAAAAUCUUGGAAAAUGCACGCAAGACCAAGGCUCAGUGCGAGCGCAACCCGCACGACGCGGUGGAGAUCGAGUUCGACCAAUUUGCCGAGUUUGAGAUCUGCGCUGCCAGCCACACACCUAUCUACAGCGGUACGGCGUACGAAGAGUGCGCCUUCGACGGCGCCAAGUACCACACCAAAUACAAGGGCACAGUAUGCACGGUGUGCGAUGUCUGCGAGGUCGGCAAGCACGGCAGCGGUCUUAAGCUGUUCUUCUGAACGGUAUUUCGGAGGAGGAUGGGGACGCGCACAGAAGAAUGGGCGCGAUGAGGAAAAAGUUGUCGGGUCCUUGGUGGCAAGGGGGGAAGGGGGAGUAGAAGGUAGCCAUUUGAAAUUCGAUCAUGAUUCCAUAAGAAAGAAAAAAGGCGACGGUCACGGGCCCCCUGCGCCAACAUGUAAUUAUGACGCGAAGACGUAUCCUAGGUGCGAAGGACAUUGGCUGGCUUGUUGAACAAUUGUGUUUCUGUUUGCAUCUGGCUCUUAGAUUAAAAAAAAAAUUGCGGGCGGAUACGGAAAAGAACAACGCUCUCUUUGCUGGAGGGUUUCCGCGGAAAUGCAAUACAUACGUAUAUAUAU